GGUGUUAGCGCUUAAUUAAGUUCCCAAGAAGGUGGAAGAGAUUUUGGCCACUGGCUUGGUGUGCUUUAAGAACUUGAUAGGAGUCCAGAUUCGAUAAGCAUGAGGCUUUUUUUUUUUCCCUAAGCGACUAUACAUUUAAAUAGCGAAAACAUCUGUUUGGCGACAGCUCAUAAAGGGAGCUGAAAAACCAUCGACGCCUGAGAGACUUUGCAGACCAGAAGAACUGUAGGUAUCCUAAUCUGUCUUUGGAGGAAUUUCUGAGAAACCCUGGAAAAUUAUUACGAAAAUCAUUGCUGGAUAGGGGGAGGCGUCACGCUAGGAUCUCCGGGAAGCAGAGCGGGAAGAGAAUUGGUGGAUGUGGCUCGUCUUUAAGCCACUGGGACGAGAAGCCAAGCGAGGGGUCUUUCGGAAGCGCCCUCUAGAAGCCUCUCUUCAGAAGUGGGUCUCGAGAAGUGGCUCUCUGGAAACGUCCCUUUUUCUAGAAAAAAGCACCCCUCGAAAAAGUUCCUCUCUCUAAAGCCACCCUCCAGAAGCCGCUGUCCAGAUAGAAUCAUCCGGAAGCGCCCCUUCAGAACUCUUUCUGAUGGAAGCAGAGGCAGCCCAGAAGGCCAGUCUGGGCACGGGGAAGAAAUCCGGCAAAGCCACGCGGGUUGCCCUGGUGGUAUUCGUAGGCUGCACGGCUGUGCUGGGGACACUCCUCUUCCUGGUGAGUCAAGGCUAUCUGAACUUUCAAGCCAAGCCAGAAUACUGCCUGACAUCAGACUGCAUUGAAGCCGCGGCCUCGAUCUUGAGCAAAAUCAACCAAUCCGUGGACCCCUGUGAAAACUUCUUCCGGUUCGCUUGCGAAGGCUGGAUCGACGCCAACCCCAUCCCGGAAGAUAUGCCCAGCUACGGAGUCUACCCGUGGCUACGUCACAAUGUCGACCUCCGAUUGAAGGCACUUCUGGAGAAAUCGAUAAGCCGGAGACGGGAUAGCGAAGCGGUACAGAAGGCCAAGAUCCUGUAUUCCUCCUGUAUGAAUGAACGGGCCAUUGAGAAGGCGGACGCCCGGCCUCUCCUGCACAUCCUGAGGCACUCGCCCUUCCGCUGGCCCGUCCUCGAGUCCCAUAUCGGCCCCGAGGGGACCUGGUCCGAGCGGAAGUUCAGCCUCCUUCAGACCCUCGCGGCCUUCAGGGGCCAGUUCAGCAACUCCGUCUUGAUCCGCCUCUACGUGUCUCCCGACGACAAAGCGUCCAACGAGCACAUCUUGAAGCUGGACCAAGCAACUCUCUCGUUAGCUGUGAGGGAAGAUUACCUGGAUAACAGCACAGAAGCUAAAUCUUACCGAGACGCCCUUUUCAAGUUCAUGGUGGACACGGCAGUGCUUUUGGGUGCCAACGCUACGCGGGCCGAACACGACAUGAAGUCAGUCCUCAGGCUGGAGAUGAAAAUCGCUGAGAUCAUGAUUCCGCAUGAAAAUCGAACGAGCGAGGCCAUGUACAACAAAAUGAACAUCUCUGACCUCAGUGCCAUGAUACCGCAGUUCGACUGGCUCGGCUACAUCAAGAAGGUGAUAGACAUCAAACUCUAUCCUCACCUGAGGGACAUCGGCCCGUCAGAAAACGUGGUGGUCCGAGUGCCGCAGUAUUUUAAGGAUCUCUUCCGGAUCCUAGAGGCGGAGAGGAAAAAGACUAUUGCCAAUUAUUUGGUGUGGAGGAUGGUCUACUCAAGAAUCCUGAACCUCAGCAGACGUUUCCAAUAUAGGUGGCUCGAGUUUUCGAGGGUGAUCCAGGGGACCACAACUUUGCUACCUCAGUGGGAUAAAUGUGUGAACUUCAUUGAGAGUGCCCUCCCGUACGUUGCUGGAAAAAUGUUUGUGGAUGUCCAUUUUCAAGAAGACAAGAAACAAAUGAUGGAGGAGUUAGUGGAAGGGAUUCGCUGGGCCUUCGUGGACAUGCUGCACAAGGAGAACGAUUGGAUGGACGCAGAGACGAAAAGGAGAGCCACGGAGAAGGCAAGAGCUGUUUUGGCAAAAGUGGGCUAUCCGAAGUUUAUAAUGAAUGAGACUUACAUCAAUGAAGAUCUCAAAGCAAUGAAGUUUUCGGAAUCUGACUAUUUUGGCAAUGUGCUGCAAACCCGCAAGUAUUUAGCCCAAUCGGAUUUCUACUGGCUGAGAAAGGAAGUUCCCAAGACUGAGUGGUUUACGAACCCAACGACCGUGAACGCCUUUUACAGCGCGUCGACCAAUCAGAUCAGGUUCCCAGCGGGGGAGCUGCAGAAGCCCUUCUUUUGGGGAACGGCAUAUCCUCGGUCUCUGAGUUACGGCGCUAUCGGAGUGAUCGUGGGCCACGAGUUUACCCACGGAUUCGACAAUAACGGCAGAAAAUACGAUAAGAACGGAAAUCUGGAUCCUUGGUGGUCGUCUGACUCUGAAGAAAAGUUUAAGGAGAAAUCGAAAUGUAUGGUUAACCAGUAUAGCAACUACUAUUGGAGGAAGGCUGGCUUAAAUGUGAAAGGGAAGAGGACACUGGGGGAAAAUAUCGCAGACAACGGUGGCUUGCGAGAAGCCUUCAGGGCCUACCGGAAAUGGAUCAGUGACGAGCGACAAGGAACAGAAGAGGUUCUUCUCCCCGGCCUGGAAUUCACCAACAAUCAGCUCUUCUUUCUCAGUUAUGCUCACGUGAGGUGCAAUUCCUACCGACCGGAAGCGGCCCGAGAGCAGGUCCAGAUCGGCGCUCACAGCCCGCCUCAGUUCAGAGUCAACGGGGCUAUUAGCAACUUCGAGGAAUUCCACAAGGCCUUCAACUGCCCGCUAAAUUCGACAAUGAACAGAGGAGCAGAGUCCUGCCGGCUUUGCAGUUAAGCUCGCUGCCUCUGGCUUUGGAGAGUGUCAGGAGAAAACAGUGCCUCACUGCCGGGAACCACGGUCCGGAAAGUUGACUAGAAGUAAAUAAAAGUCUUCCAUUACUCUCCUCA